CAAUCACAAUGCAGCAGCGUGACUCGGUAGCCAAUAGGAACACAUGACGUUAGGAAUUAUUACCCUGUACCAACAAUGGCGGCGGAGGGAGAUUUCCUGACGCGUUAUCGGAUAGUGUCAAACAAGCUGAAGAAACGUUUUCUGAGGAAACCAAACGUCGCAGAAGCCAGUGAGCAGUUUGGUCAGUUGGCAAAAGAGCUGAAACAGCAGGACUGUCUGCAGUAUGCAGCCUUCUGUAAUUUGGCCAUGGCACGGUGUGAGCAGACUCUCUUCAAUGCCCCAGGGGAGGCUCUGGCUCUGACCGAUGCCGCCCGGCUCUUUCUAGCCUCUGAGCAGGAGAUCCGAGCUCUGCAAGCACCAGGAUUUGAUGAGCAUCUUCAGGCUGCACUCAACUGCUACAGUUUUGCCAUUAAAGUGUAUAUUGAGAUGAAUCAGCCGGUCAUGGCUGCCAGUCUCUCCUUGGAGCUUGGGAAAGCACUAAAGGAAAUGAAUAAGCCAGGAGAGGCUAUUGUCCACUUUCAGAGAGCUGCAGAGCUUCAGUCACAGAUGCCUAUCGAGGCUCUAUUGUCUUUUGGAGAAAUGGCUUCAUGCAAAAUACUGAGCCGUGAUUAUGACGGCGCACUGGCUGUCUUUUCAGAAAUGCAGGCUAUGUGCCAGGAGAGAGGGCUACAGCUUCCUGGCACAAAUACCCCUGUCGGUGCGUUUCUGGAUAUAGUAGCAAAGUGUGAAAUUUCCAGAGUUCUUCUGCUCAUGUUGCUUGAGCCCCCUCCACAGAAACUGCUGCCUGAGCAUGCACAGACACUAGAGAGGUACGCCUGGGAGUCUUUUGACUCACACAGUCAAGUUAACUUCCUUGCAGAAGACGUCUUCCUCUUGCUGCAGUCUGUGGUGAUGGCAUGUCAGGAAAAAGACAUUGAAUCUCUCAAGUCUCUUCAAACAGAACUGUGGCCUCAUCUGUCUGCUGAACAGAAUCACCUCUUACAUCUCCUUGUGCAGGAAAGAAUCAGCCCUUCUGGUCAAGGGGUUUAGUUCAGACUUACACACAGCCAUGUGAAGUUCCUUAUUGUUCACUUCCACUGCCUGGUGCAUCAUGAAGGGAGUCUUACAGAAUGAUAGUAAUAAGGCUGUGGUACAGCUAUACCUGAACAUUCAUAUUACAUUUGAUGACUCCUGUUAUAUUUGAUGAGAAUAUUUUAUUUCAUAACAUUGACUAAUGUGAUGUACACACACAACAUACCCAUCACAGGACAUUUAUAUUUUGUUCCAUUAAGUUAAAUUCUGGAUCAUAGCACUUUAAUAAUUUUACAUUUUUAAUAUUUAAUGUUACAUAAAAACCUCUUGUUUAUUUCGAUGUAAAUAAAAUCCAGAAUGAAUCAUG